AUGUCGACCGGAAAGGCUGCCGCGAAGCCCCAGGACGCUAAGGCCAAGGCGGCCAAGAAGGCUGCCCUCAAGGGCACCUCGGGCACCGCGCUCCGCAAGGUCCGCACCUCGGUCACCUUCCACCGCCCCAAGACCCUCGCCCUCCCGCGCGCUCCCAAGUACCAGCGCAAGGCGGUUGCGUCGCUCCCGCGCAUGGACGCGUUCCGCACGAUCGUGCACCCCCUCAACACGGAGAGCGCGAUGAAGAAGAUCGAGGACCACAACACGCUCGUCUUCAUUGUUGACGUCAAGGCCAACAAGAGGCAGAUCAAGGACGCGGUGAGGAAGUUGUACGAGGUCAAGCCGCUCAAGAUCAACACCCUCAUCCGCCCCGACGGCCGGAAGAAGGCGUUCGUCCGCUUGGAGGCCGACGUUGACGCGCUCGAGGUUGCCAACAAGGUGCGCUCGCUCCCUUCCUCGCUUCACUCAAUUGCUCCUCCCGCUGAUUCGGUGAAAUGCACGCAGAUUGGCUUCAUCUAA